AGCAAUUCAGUUAUUUGCAUUUUUGUGACGCCUUCCUGAAGCCUGGAGUAGCCAUCAUGAGCUGGCCUUUCAUUUUCCUGAUAAUUCAUGCAACAUAUGCCGCGAAUGAAUUUACAAUCCAAGGAAACGGUUCAUAUGAAGCUGGGAAAUUAAAAGUAGACCUUCACCUUGAGUCGAAUUUGAGCUUAACAGCUAAGACAACUGUUCCCCCAACUUCAGUGGUGAAAACUCUUGCUCCUACUAUAAACGCGACAACAACUCCUCCAUCUGAAACAAUUCCCCCCUCUACGCUACCUUCAACACCGGUUCCUACCGUAAAUUCUACGACGAUUGGGUCCGUGACAGGGAACCCACCGACACCUACACCAACAACAACAAGCGCAACAGUGAAUGUCACUACCCCAACACAUGUACCAGAGUAUCUUGAUGGAAAACUUUCAACAAACUCCGAGCCAUUUUCAGCUUUAGAUCGUACAGCCCUAGAGCUUCACAAUUACUAUCGUUCUAUCCACGAGGCGCCUCUCCUGACCCUCGAUACAAACCUCCGAAAAGAUGCUCAAGAAUAUGCUCUCAAAGUUGCUAGAAGUCAAAUGCUACGCCCAGAACAAAAUUUUGUACUCAAUUCUAAAAACGAAGGUGAAAACCUGGGAUUUAGAUGCUCGACAACACGACCUGAUCCUGGAAAAUCUUUGAGACAGAUAAUGAAGCGAUGGUAUGACGAAGGUUGCCAAUACAACUUUCAAGCACCAUCGACAGAUAAGUAUUCCUUCAGACAUUUUACACAAAUGACGUGGAAUGGAAGCAGAAGGCUGGGCGUUGGCAUCACCUAUGGGAAAAUCAACAAUCUGCAUUGCCUGUAUUUCGUCGCACGUUACAGACCCCGCGGAAACCUGGGAAACAAGCUCAUAUAUAUCAAUAACGUGAAGAAAGGAGUUUUUGAUUCGUCUUUUUGCAGACCAAUAGCAAAUCAAUUGCCUAACCAAGAAGUUAUUUUGAAAGAAUAAUCUGAAAUUAAUUUUACGUGUACAAAACAAACGAGAAGAAAACUUUAAUUUUUCUUUAACAUAUGCUAAAUAUGUAUUUAUGGGAAGUGUGUUAUGACUUGGAACAGAGUAAUUAAGGACAUCUCGGUUUCAAUACUGAUACGU